GAACGCAGGGGCAUCGGCUCAGCCACAAGCACGGAGUUCCACAUACCCUGCUCUGCAACCUCCCGCCGUAUUCCUUGCAAAUCCGCCCGAUGCUGAGUGGGCGGCGGAUCCAGCGCCUGGUCUCCAUGGCUAGUAGCGUCUGUGGAUCCCGAGGCAGCGCGGGAUCCCGGACCGCUGGUCCAGUGGAGGCCGCCAUUCGCGCGAAGUUGGAGCAGGCCCUGAGCCCUGAAGUGCUGGAGCUGUGCAACGAGAGCGGCGGCCACGCAGUCCCCCCAGGCAGCGAGACACAUUUCCGCGUGGCUGUGGUGAGCUCUCGUUUCGAGGGACUGAGCCCCCUGCAACGGCACCGGCUGGUCCACGCGGCGCUGUCCGAGGAGCUGGCCGGGCCUGUCCAUGCGCUGGCCAUCCAGGCACGGACCCCCACCCAGUGGAGGGAGAACCCUCAGCUGGAUACUAGCCCCCCCUGCCUGGGUGGGAACAAGAAGACUCGAGGAACCCCCUGAACUCCAAGAGCAGGGAAGGAUCAAGAUCCAACGGGCUGGGUGAGAAUGAACUACUGAGGCCUCCUCCCUCAGUACAGUCCAGGAUUAUAAGGGGCGAGGACCCCUGGGCCCCAUUCUAUGGGUCCAUACAUAUUCUCCCCGAGAUAGUAACCCAAGGAAAGAACAGAAUCACUCCCUACUGCUUUUUCCUGGACUAUUCAGGAAGGGCUGCUCAUUACUUCCAUGUUGAAUUGUGACUAAGAAACUGCACUAGACCCGAUUAGAAACAAUCCUGUACAUUAAAAGAGAAAUUACAAUAUAA